UGGUAGUAAUCCUCUCCAAAGAUGGCGGCCUAAGCGAAGCUGUGGGGUAAAGGGGGCAACUGAGUGUGAAGGGUAGCAAAGCGACGGGACAUGAGGCUUUCCUAAUGCCCCACGGGGCUGAGAGCCCGGUGUAAAUCAUGUGGAAAUGGUAUUCAACAGACGAGUCUCUACCUCCUGGAGGCGCGCCCGACGCUCAGGAGGGAGCUGGCACCAUGUCGGUGGCAGAUCUGACGGAGCAGCUUUCGCAGACGGAGCAGCUGGUGAUUCAGCUGAAGGAACUGAUCAGAGAGAAGGAUAAUGAGCUCCGCAAGAAAGAUCAACAGCUUAAGGAAGAAAAGGAGUCCUGUGAAUCCAAGGUUUCCAAAGCAAAGCUGCAAAACAAGGCCAAGAUCGCGUCGCUGACAUCCCAGCUGGAAGAGCUGAAGAAGCAGUUUGGGUCUCCCAAUAAGCAGGACAAGCGAUCCGAGCACAGAAAGGGUUCUGGAGAUGGAGACCAUGAAAGUGCUUCGGCGAAUCGAGGGAAAAUUCUCGUAUUAAAGAAGCGCGUGGAAGAAUUGGAGUCUCAGCUGUCACAAAAAAAUGAAGAUCUCAAGAAAAAGGAGGCAGAGCUGGAGUCGCAGCGCCUGCGCGGUUCGGAGAUCGACGACAUGCUUGCUGAGAAAGAAAAGAAGCUGGCUGAGAAGGAGGCGUACAUUGUCGAGCUUCAAGUUUCAGCUGGAAAACACAUCCACAAUGAAGUGUCGGAGUCGGAAGAGAACGCAAAGAACCAGAAAGAUUCUUCAAACCAGGAACUUCAGACUCUGAUCCUCAACCUGACCAGGAAGGUGGGUGAAAGCGAGGAGAGGUGUAGCCUUCUCCAGGAGCAGGCAGAGACCUUAAAGAGCCUCCUGAGCAAAGAGAAGAAUGACUACCAAGAAAAAGAGGCAAUGUACACAGAAAAUAUACGGGUAUAUCAAAACAUGAUCAUGGAAAAGGAAAAAGAGUUGAAAGAAUUAUCCCAAAAACACGAGCAGGAGCUGUUUAAGUUGGCCGCGAAAUCUGACGCUAGUGCUGAUCUCCAUCAGCUGCUCAAAGCACUGAAGCAGAAACUACACGAGGAGGAAGAGGUUUUAUUGGGAAAGAACCAGGUGAUUGAUGUGCUGCAGAAAGAGUUGGAUAACAAGGACCAGCGGUUCAUGGAACUGAAUGAGAAAUGUAAGCGCCUUCAGUCAGAGAAAGACAACCUGCAAUCAAAGCUGGAUGCCGAGAAGCACGUAAUGAGAGCCCAGCUCAGGGACAUGAUGGAUAAGCAUGAAACCGAGCUGCGUUGUUUGAAUGAGAAGCACCGCUCGGCGAUGCAAGAAAUCCAAGAGAAACAUGAAGUUGAAAUCCAGGAGAAAUGCCAAACCGUGCUGAGGCUGCAGGAACAACUGCAGGAUUUGGGGAGCGCCGAGGGUAACCCCAAAGGAUCCACGGACGAUUCCAGCCCUGCAGUUGCUAAAUGGCAAGCGGAAGUGAAAUUGAAGACAGAAGAGGCAAGUAAAUCAGAAGCAAAAUUCCUUAAAAUGAAGGCAUGGUCAAAGUCCAGAAUCAGGCAGUUGGAGGAAGAACUAAAAACUUCGGAAGCCAAGAGCCGUGAUCUCGACCUGCUGACCAGUCGAAUUUCUGAGCUAGAACAUGACAAGCGAGAGAUGGAGUCCAGAUUAGAGUCGCUAACAGAGCUGCAGACGGUAAAUGAGCAUCUUCUGGCCAAACUGGUGAUCUACGAAGAACAACAGAGGAAACUUCAAGCAGAUCUUGAACAGGUUGCCAAGAGGGCAGACUCACAGACCAGCGAGUCUGGCAGCGUGGACGAGCUACAGACCCAGCUUCUGGAGUGGAAUGAAAUGAACGCUGGAACCGAACAGACUCCGGAUCACGACCAAGAGGAGAAAUCGGUUCUAGCCAUGAGAAUGGCUCAGAUCGAAGAGGAAAGAGAAGCCAUGGACUCAGGGCAGCAGGAGCUGGAGGAGGAACUGAGCACUGCCAGGGGCAUGGGCAAACUACGGCAAGCCAGAAGGAAAAGCAGCAAAGGAUCCGCAAAGCCUCAGGAUGAACUCGAUUACGGCAUCAAACGGUUCGAGGACCAAAACUCGACUUUGGACAGCGUCGACUCCGAGGGGGAGAACAUGGGAGGUCUGCGGACUGUCGUCGAGGAGCUGGAAUUGGAGAGGAACCAGCUGCAGGAGCAAAUCAUGGCUCUGGAGGAACGCUGUCAGGAGCUGGAGGACAGGCUGCAGCUUCAAGUCCGGAUCGAGUCCCUCCAGAAUGAAAAUGAACGUUUGCUGUCACAAAUCGCGCAGUUCCGCCAACAGCAGAGCCGAGAGUCUGAAAAGCACCAUCACCUCGUAUCAACCUUGAACGAGGAAAUUAAAGGUUUAACAGACAGGAACGCGUUUCUUGAAAACGCGAUGCUGGAAAAAGAGCAGAUCCUGCAAGAAGCAUCCGGAAAGUUGGAGCGUCUGGGGGUCAUACAGAAAACUCUGCAGGAGAAGGAGCUUCACAACAAGGAGCUUUGUGAGAAGCUGGAGGACAGCGAGCACCAGCUUGAAGAUGCCAAAAAGAAACAAAUGUCUUCAGAAACAGAAAAUUCAGCUCUGAAACUGUCCAAUAGUGAACUUCUGGAGAUGGUGUCUGCUUUUAAAGACAAGGUAUCAAAGCAAGACUCGUCAUUGCAAAAGAUGCAGGUGGACCUCGAUCAGACCAAUGAAGAACUUGAUCGACUAAAUACGAGUCACCUUGAGGAGCGAUCGCAGCUCAUUCACGAUCUGCAAAGGUGCGAGCGGGAGAUGGACCUCCUGAAGGACGUGUUACAGGAAAAGGACAAGGAGCUGACCGCCCUCGCCGCCAAUCUUUCAGAAUACACGGAGCAAGUGGCUCUUUUAAAAGAGCAGCUUCGCUUUAAAGAGGACCAGAUGAGAGAGAUGAGCGACCACCUCGUAAAAGCCGAGAGGGAGCUCCAUCUCUUGAGAGAAACUCAGAGUUUGGACUCGCAAGAAACAAACUCUAAGAUCUCUUCCCUCUCCGAGCAACUCAGCGAAAUGGACGUGGAAUUAAAUAGAGCGCAGAGUCUGAACGAAAGUAAAAGUAAAGAGGCGGAAGAGCUGAUUAGACGAAUCAAUGAGACUGGCGUGAUAAUUAAAAACCUCCGUUCGGAGAUUCAGACACAAGCCGUUACACACAAUAAUCACGUCACGGAGUGUUCAGCACAAAUUACAUCACUUAAGGAACAACUUAAUGUAUCUGUUGCGAAACUCGACGAGACGGAAAUGAAGCACAGAAAGGAAAUCGAAAGCUUAAAGCUUCAAUUAGAGAAAGAUAACUCGGAAAGAGAAGCGAUUGCAGGGUUGCUGGAAGAAAAGAGCAACAAAGAGAAGAGUUUUGAAAACGAGCUGAAGCUGGCAAAAGAACAACACAACAGAUUAGUCUGUGAAAUAUCGAAAAAGGACGAAGAGAUCGAACGGCUAUCGAGUGAACUCGGUGAACAAAAGGAGCUCUGUGAUAAACUCAACCGGGAUUUACAGAGCAAAGAGGAACGUUGGUCGUCUUUAGAGCAGACGUCUGCAAGCGUUCUAAGGGACAACCAGGAUAAGCUGGAAACCCUUCAGGGAAAGAUAAAAGAACUACAGAACCAACUGGCUGAAAAAUCUGAUGUGAUUAAUAAGCUUCAGAUAGAAAGCGAUGAGUUGCGUGCGCAAAAUAAAACUCUAGAGAAGGACCUGGAGGAAAGAGACCAAGCCCUCACCGUCCAGAUAGACCUAGCCGAGGAAACGAAGACAAAGGUGCAGAACGCCGAGGAGGAGCAUCGCCUUUUGUCUGGUGAGCGGGAACGUCUGCUGGAGGUUUUGAGUCACAAAGAAUCUGAAAUAUCGUCUUUGAACCAAGCUUUACUUGAUCUUCAAAGUAAAAUGACGAACGCCGAGAAUAUACUAACAGAAGAGAAGACGAAUGUGUCCAACCUUAGGAGCGAGAGAGAGGAAUUACUGUCAAAAAUCGAGAAUAUGUCUGCCGAGUGGGCAGAUAAAGACAGUAUCGUCGCCGCGCAAUUAGACGGCAAAGGUGCAGAGUGCCUUAGUUUAAAGGAACAGCUAGCUAAAGAGCGAGAGGUAUCCUCGACUUUACAGGCCCAGGUGCGUUCGCUGGAAGACGAAUUAACAGCAGCUCAGGAGAGCUGUCACGAGAAAGACAAUGAGCUUCAAGCCAGGCUUUUGGAAUUGAAUGCAAUACGUGAGAAUCUAACCCAAAACCAAGAGAAAUGCAAGUCGUUGGAAAGGCAAGUGGAUGAAUUAACCGAAGAAAUAGAACGCAGAAAGUUAGACUUACAAGAAAAGGGUCUGGCCAUAAACGCGCUGCGCGGACAGCUAGAGGAGUCAAACGUGAGCUUUGAGAAGCUAAGAAACGAAGAACAUCAGCUAAGAGAGGAAAACGCAAGAGUCACGAAGCACAUUGAAGAGUUAAACGACGAACGUCAGCGGCUGCAGCAGGAGGUUCUAAAAACAACGCAGGAAAACGCUACUUUGAGCAAAAGUGUAGACAAUGGUAUUAAAGAGAGAGAAAGAUUAAGUGGAGAAAAGGAGGAGGUUCUGUUGUCUUUAUCUAAUUACAAAUCGCAGUGCGAGAGCCUCCAAUCGCAAGCUCUUCAGACAGAAUCAGAAAUAGGCUCAUUAAAACAGCAGUUAGAAACUUUAAAGGCAGAAAAUGAAAAUCUAGCUUCCGAUAUCACGUUGGCAAACACCACGUUGGCCAGCAAGUCCCAAGAAAUCAGUGUUCUAAGCUCGCAUCUAUCUCAGCAAGGUCACACGAUUAUGUCUUUGAACGAUCAGAUUGAUACUCUAAGUGCAGAAAAGCAAACGCUAUUGCUUAGCGUUGAGCAGAAAGAUAAUCUCCUGUCUCAGAAAGAAGAGCUGAUUAAAGAAACGGAGAAGAGACUGGAAGGCGAAGGGCAUUACCUACAAACGAUCUCGGCCUUGCAGAACGAGCUGCACAGUUCUGCUUCUGCCGGCGCUCUUUUGCAGCAAAAAAUCCAAGACCAGGAGCUAGAACUGCAAAGGUUAGUCCACGAAGUAAAGUUAUACAAGGAUAAAAGCGAGGAAGCAGAGUUGCUUAGGACUCAGUUAUCAGAACACGUCGAAGUCAUAUCCGACCUCCACCGCCAGCUUCAGAGUCUCAGGGAGACUACAGAUACAUUAAACACGACCCUAACAAAGAAAGACGAGUCUCUGAAAGAGAAGGUAGACGGUUACGUAAAUCUCCAGGCUGAGUUUUCCGAGUUAAAGGACUCGUUAGAAGUGCAGAAAAGGCAGCUGGAAAGCUUGGUGGUGGAAAACGAGCAGUACAAGGCUCACGCGUCGGAAAAAGAUUUAACGCUCAAGGAUCUGGUUUUGGGGAACGAAGACCUGAAACUAAAAUUACGGGGAAAAGAGGAGCAGUGCGUGGCCUUCGCGCAGCAGAUAACGUAUCUGGAAGAGAUUAAUAGAACGCAAACAAGCGAGUUAAAUCGUGUAAAUGGUUUGCUAGAAGAAACCAAAGCUUCCCUUGCUAAGAAAGACGAGCUGAUCGAUUCCCAGCGUGCAGAGAAGACGGCGCUGCAAGAUUCAGUGCAAGAACUUUCCGAUAAAAUAAAAGCUCUUGAGCAGUUGACCACAGACAAAGAAAACACGGUUCAGAAUUUGCAAGAUAAGUACGCAUCUCUUUACGAACACAAACGUGCGCUUGAGGAGUCCCUCGUCAAGAAGGAAGAAGAUAUUGUGAAACUUCUGAAGUCUGAGGAUGAAAAGGCACUAUGCCUUCAAGUGGCGGAACGUAACGUUCAAGCGCUUACUAACGAAGUUGAUCUUUUACGAGAGCAACUAGAUAGAGGUGCGUCUGACUUCAAAAAUGUAUCUGAUAUUCUCAAGGAGAAGGAGGAUUCUAUGUCUCAGGUUCAACAGUCGGUAAAAAGUUUGAAAACGGAGCUGGAGUCGCUGAAUGCAGAACACCAGAGGUCUGCGAUGCGACUGCGGGAGUUAACACAAGAGACGGAACAAAAGGAAUUGUUAAUCCGAGAUCUUCGGGAGACGUGCGGCUCUCAAAACCAACAAAUUGAAAGCCUCAAGUACGAUCUGGAGACUUUAAAUUCCAGAUUUUUACAAGAUCAGCAUGACACGGCACUUCAAAAAGAACAGCUCCAGCUGCAGCUCCAGUCCGCCACGCAAGACCGAUUACGUUUCGAGGCACAAUUACAGGCAUUACAAGAAGAAAACGCUCUCGCCUUGGGUAGUCUGCAGAAACAGUUAACGGAAAAGGCAGAAUUCAUUGAAGAGCUGAAAGAGAAGACGCUCCGUAACGUGGAGGAGUCUGAGACUCAAAACAACCACCUGAAGAAAGAAAAUGCCGAUCUUCACAAGCAGGUUAGUGGACAAGCUGAAGAAAUCUGUGCUUUGAACGUAAAUAUUAACAACUUAGAACAGAAUCUCACUGCCCUGCAGCAGCAGGUACAAAGUGUCAGUGAGCAAAAUGUCUGUCUUGGCAAACACAACAGCGGUUUAGAAAAUGAUAUCCAAAUCAAGGAAAACACGCUGCAGGUUUUGCGUAACGAUUUGCGUUUUGUAGAGGAACAGUUGAGCGUGUUGUGCGAGGAGAACGUCUCAGAAUAUUCUCCGUCCGACUACCAGUCUGAUUGCCAAAGCAAGUUAGAGAAACUUUCGUCAAUGUUUUGCGUGGCUUCAAGCUACAAGUCGGGUGUCUCCGAAUUAAAGCUAAUGCUUGACACCAAAGACAAAGAAAUAGCAGAGAAAGCACAAUCCGUUGUGUCCCUCGAGAAAGAGAGAGAGGAUUUGAAAAGAGAUGUUCAAAAGUUAAAAGGAGAGUUGUCCGAAAGAGAAUCCCCGGCAGAAGAAUUAGUAGCUCUUAAGGAAUCCAGCGAUCGGCAACAAUGUAUCUUGCAAGAAAAGGAAGCUCGCUUACGAGAGCUGAAUGCGUACAUUAAUGAGCUCCAGAAAGAGCUAGAUUUGUCAAAGAACGAGCAAGAGAAAAGUCGCCUGUCUUUAGACGAGGAACUCCGUAGAGUCCAUGAGCUAGUCGAAGACGCCAAGAAAAAUGAUCUGCUUGUGCAAAGUCUGACUAUCCAGCUAAAUCACCAGAAAGAGUUAAUCUCUGCCUUAAGUGAUCAAAUGAAAGAGAAAGAUGCUUCUCUUACGCAGGUCAUGGAGUCCAUGUCUAAUCAAAUGGUUAGGUUUACGGAAGAGAAGAAUAGCCUGAGCUUAGAACUUCAGAACUUGCGAUCAGCCAAAAGUUCCUGUGUAUCGGAAAUCCAGAACCUUUCGGAAAAGCUGGAGGCGUGCACGGCCGAGCUGCAACAGUCUCAAAAAGCGCUGGCCGACAAGGAGACUUUACUAAGCGAUUUAGCGAAUGAGAAAGACCUCCAGUUGAAGAAAUUUAGCAAAGAAAAGGAAAAUUUAAAAAGAAAGCUGCAGGCUGCGCUAGUUAUCCGAAAAGAUUUAAUGCUUAAGAUCGAGCAACUGGAAAAUGGUAGACGGGAUGAACUUUGCGACGAACAACUUAAAUCUUCGGAGUUACAGAGAACAGUCGAGGAAUUAAAUUGCAAACUGGAAAGUAUCCAGAACCAGAAUGAAGAGCUCCAGUCUCAAGUCCUGCUGCUAAAACAAGAGAUAACAGAGAAAGAAGUGAAUAGAAGCGAGUUGGACCGUCUCAUUGCUGGGAAAGACGCACGGCUAGAGGAGCUCCAGAAUGAAGUGUUUGCCCUGGAGCGUGCCGUCUCGGAAAAAGAUAACACGUGCGAAGAACAUUCAAGAGUCAUUCGCGAGAAAGAGCUAUACGUUACUCAGAUAAGAGACUCGCUGACCGAAAGGGUUAAAAUCCUAGAGGAGGAGAAUGCACGUCUACUCGAAGACCUGAAAUCCCAUCUUGAAAAGAUACAUCACAAAGUCGAUGACCCUGCUGAAGCUGCGUCCGUCAACAAUGUGAAUUCUAGUGCUUGUCACCAAAACACCCUUUCAAACCACGAAACUGCCGUUGUAAACGAUAAUGUUCACACGUCGUUCGUCUGCAACGAAGAAAGUAUGGAAGCCACAAAGGAAGAUAAACAGACCGCGGAGCUGGAAGUCCUUAACAGUAGCCUUCAGGGAUUUGAAAGCCUGAAGGUGGACCAUGCGGAUUUGCUUAAUGCUUAUGAAACCAAAUGCAAAGAGUAUGAGCAAGCUACAGCCCACAUGCAGCAUUUACAGCACCAGAGACAGGUUCUAGAAGAACGACUAAUAGAGAUGAAAACCCAGCUCGGGGACAGAGAGCUUAAACUGGAAGAACAGCAGCGAAAGAUCCAAGACCUUUCCCAAGACUUAAAGAAAGCCGAGCGGGAUGAACUAGUAGUCUCUGAAUUGAGGUCUAGCAUACGAGAUAAGGACGAAGAAAUUGUAAGACUGACCACCCAGCAUGAACGUUUGUUAAGCCAAAGCCAAAUAUUGCAGGAUGAAAAGCAGCAGCUGUUAAAUGAUAAUCAAUCAAUGACGGCAGAAAUGAAUCUGUUACGGAAAAAUAUUGACGCGUACAUGACUGAGGUUAAGAGACUAGAACUAGCUAUUCAGCAAGUAAAGACCGAGAAAGAUGAAUACUUUGAGACCUGUAACUCAAACCAGGUAGAGAUUGAGAAACUGAAGCAUGAUCUUGAAACAUCGAGUGUUGCGUUAUUGGAAAAAGAGAGAGAAAUCACAGCUUUGAAGGAUUCGCUUCAGACGCACAGAACAACCUCUGAAGAACUUGGAACACUACAGACUAAACUCAAUGAGUCUUAUGAGGAAACGCACAAACUCCAGAUGUCUUUUGAUCAAAUCAGAGGAGAACUCGAAGAUAAUUUGAAAAAACUCGAAAAGGCGAACGCUGAAAUCAUGCAUCUAAGGACGAUUGUAGCGAACUCCCGGAAGGAAGAAGAGAAGGUCGCACAAAGAGCCGGCUCGCAACUAUUACAGCGGGACGGGGAAGAUGUCGGGCAUGUGUUACCCGAUGCCCCAAAUGGAAAUCUCCAGGCUGGAGACGAUCUUCUUGGAACCGCAUGCACCGAUUGCUCUAGAAAACAACACAGGAUUGAGGAGCUUGAAAACAAAUUCCUGCAAAACACAGAAGAAAAGGAACGAUUAGAGCAGAGGGUUACAAAAGAAUGCGGCGCUAAGGAGCAAAUCCAGCGGAAGCUACAGGCAGCGCUGAUAUCCCGUAAAGAUUUGCUGAAAGAAAACAAAUCUCAAAAAGAGACGAUAGACUCCUUAAGUUUGGAAAGAGAUGAACUGAAACGUUUAGUCGCCGACGUCCAUGAAAACAAAAGCUCGGAAAUCUCUGAACUGUCUUUGAAAAAUAAAGAGCUGGUCUCCGAGAACGAGAGGCUUAUGUCGGUCAAUGAAAACCUCUCGGCAGCUUGCGAAAGCCUGAAGUCUACAAUGGAAACCAUUGUCCAAGAUAAAGAAGCCUUUUCCUUCCAGCUCAAUUCUUUGAAGGAUUCCCAGACGGUCGAGUUGUCCGGGUGGAAGGCCAAGCAUAGCGAAUUGAAUAAGGAGUACGAGUCCCUUCUCCAGGCGUAUGAAAAUAUCAGCGACGAGAUUGGUAAAAUGAGACAAGUUAUCGAAGUAAGUAAGAGGGAAAAACAUGAAAUGCUUCAUGAGUGCCACGAAAUCCAGGCAGAAAGUCACAAGUUGCAGAAAGAAAUCCAGGAGGCCCGUGAUGAGAACGACGAGCUGAUGGCCAAACUGGAGUCCAGAGAACAAGAAAUACAAAGCUUGCAAGCGGAGUUUAAUAGACAGGCUGACUCUCUGAGGUCUGGAGUGGAGCUGGAACAUAAACUCGAAGAGCUAUCCUUCCAGAAUCAUCGGCUAACAGAGGAUAACAAAAAACUCCGAGAAGAUUACGAAAGCGUGAAGAUGCUAGCAGAAAACAACGAGCAGGAAAAACAGAACCUUUUUGUCAGUAAGACCGCUCUAGAUGACUUGCAGGUGGAUUUCGACACAUACAAAGCAGACGUAGAAAUUAGAACUUCAGAACUGCUCUCAGAGAAAGAGACCCUGUCCAACAAGGUGACGGAAUUAAGCAGAGAACUUUCGGAGAGCGAGCAAAGUUUGGCCGAAGCUCACGCCGAGAGGUGCGAUGUACAAGAGAAACUGAGCAAUGCCGAGCUCUCGCUAAGACAGGAAAAGAGCAGAAUACUGCAGUUGGAGAGUGACCUAAACGACCUUCACUUAGAGAAGUUAAACCUGAAUGAAAAGGUAAAGAUCUUAGAAGACGACAAGGCCCUUCUACAAGAAGAGAUGGAAAAUGUCCAGGAACAGUUUUACAAGUUGAAAAACGAAAGGGAGAAUUUAGAGGCAGAGUUGCUGAAAGCUGGAAACAACAACGACCGCCUGUCUGAGAAAUUCAAGUCUCUUCAGGUUCAGACAAGUCUCCUCAGUCAACAGGUCGAGUCUCUAAGGGCGGAAAAAAGCAGCAUAGAAAGAGCCAAGGAGGAACAUCAGCUCCAGCUCCUGCGGGAGCUCGAAGGAAGAGUGAAAUGCGCUCAGGAUGAUAAUCGAGGGACGAAAAGCAAAUCGAAGGAGUUACUGGAACUUCUCAAGGAGAAGCAACAAGAGAUAAACCAGCUGCAGAGAGAUUCUAUAAUAUUCCAGGAGCUGAUAUUGGACCUAGAAGGAACGGUGAAGGAUUCUAAUGGUCAACUUGAAAAUCUUAGGAAAGAACUUGGCCGCGCCAGUAAGAACUUGGCUACUGUGAGCAAAGAUGGCCAGCACUUGAAGCAGGAGCUGUCAGAGAAGGAACGCUUGUUGCAAAGUGCAAAGAAGCAAAUUUUAUACCUUACUACACAGCUUAGACAUUUUAUGCCUGAGCUCGAAGCGAGCAAUGGAGAGUCGGUGGCCAACAAUCAGGUCGGGGAGGUGGCUCUAUUAAGUGGUGAAGCUUCACUCGACGUGAAAGAAAAACUCAAAUUAAGUAGGGAGAAUGGUGAUAAGGACUCAAACGACUUGCCUGACAAGGAAGAAAGUAAUGGUGAGGUCAGAAGCCGGCUUCACGGCUCCGUUCCUCUGCUUAAAGAGGACGUUACGCAGGACCGGAUGCAGAAUAUGUCAAUAAAAGAAGGCAAAGAUCUGCAACAGGUCCUUUCGGAAAAGGAAAGACUAAAGACAGAUUUAGAAAAGCAGGUGACUAUUUCUAAACAUAUGAAGCAAAUAAUAGACAACAAAGAUGCUGAAAUUUCUGCCUUACUUUCCUCUAAAGACGGGCAAAUAUCCGGUUACUUAUCUCAAGUACAAAGUCAGUACCGGAAACAAAUCGAGGAUUACGAGCAUCGCCUCAGCUCUUUGCAGGCGGAGAAGGAAAGAUCUGAUAAAGAAUGUCAGAGGUUGAAAACAGAAUUAAAGAUCCUCCAAGAACAAUCCGAAAGAGCUCUGAAUGACAAGCAUUCGAUUUCUAACGAAGUCGAGGCCUUUAAAAAAUCCAUGUCUUCGCUCCAAAGCGACAGAGACCUGCUGUGCUCGGAAUUAAAGGAUCUGCAUUCCCAACACGAGACGCUUCUCAACCAGAAAGACGAGAUCAUUAUUUCUGCCACCAGCGAAAACAAUGCACUUCAACAAGAAGUCAGGGAACUUCUUAAUCAAAUCGAUGACCUCAAUGCAGAAAAUGCAAUGCUAGGGGCGCAGCUGAUUAGAUACAGGGAGGACUUGAAUCAGGUCCUGUCCCUAAAGGACCACCAGUUAAAGGAACUCUUGAGACAAAAGUUAGACCAUAUCAAAAAUCUAGAACAAGAAAAAUGUGAUCUCCAGAAACAAUGCAGAGAUAUGCAGAAUGCCAAUUCCUCCCUAAAACAGGCCGCCGAGGCUUUAGAAUCAGAGAAUCAAAAAUUAACCUCGAAAGCGAAGGAUCAGGAAACUCUCAUCGCCGCCAUAAACAAAGACAAGAUCUUCUUCGACUCUAGAAAGCAUGCGCAGCGAGGAAUCGGGAAGCCGGACGAGGAGAACGAGAGGAGGAUGCCUUCAGAGCUGCAGAACGGUUCUAAUGACCAGAGGCCUGGCCGCAUGGACAACCAAGAAGAAACGUCCGAUAAGUCUUACUGGGACAUUUAUAAAGAAAACAAGGAACUUAAAUCUCAGAACGACUCGUUCGGGAAGGCGAUGGCCGCGCUGCAGGACAACAGAGACUCUUUGAUCGAGGAUUUCAAAGUGCUGCAGUGGAGAUACGCUGAGGAGCUCAAAGCCGAGAAGAUACGAGGAGACGAUCUUGAAAGGCAGCUGGAUGACUUCAGAAGCCACCUUUACAACACUCUGAAAAAGAACUCUCUCCUCGACGAGGCUCUCCUCUCCGGGGAAAAAUGUACCCUGGAGCGGCUGGGCGCUGAAAUAGAAACUGUGUGUUCCAGAGUGAUCAGCAGAGGCUUGGAGGUCACCAGGAUCUCCUCGGAGUGUACAAGCUAUAAACAGCAGAUUGACGCCUUUUCCAAAGCCUUGGCCAGUCUCCAGCACGACAGAGAGAGACUACUCCAUCAGCUUCAAGCAGGAGCCUCGCUUCGGGAAGUCAAACAAGGCCCGGCAGCUUUCGUGGCGCCCGCCAGCCCCGAAGAGACGGAAUACUUCACUAUGGAUAAGCCUCAGACUGAUAAAAUAGCGCAGGUAACGGACGCCAUCAGAAACUCAUCGGCUGAAUUCUCGCGGCCGAAGGUGGAGGAGCUGGAGAGGAUGCUACGAGAAGCCAAGGAAAAGGCAGAGAGAGAGAUCACAUCUUAUCAGUAUGAGCUGGCGGAACUCAGAUCUGAGAAGAACAUCCUUGCCAAAGAAGCACAAGUUCUCCGGCAUGAGCUUAAUGCCAGACUCGCAGACAAAGACCAUCAGAUUGCAGAGUUACGCAAAGCCCUGGAUCGGUCUGCCACCGGCGGCGAUGUGUUAUAUGGUGCAAAGAACGUGGAGAGAAUUGCAUUAUUGGGAAGUCCUAAUGCUAAAGAAAGAGUUGGUGAGCAAGCAGAUGACAAAGCUCAGCCGAAGCAUGAUGUCCAGCGGUACCUUCAGGAGAUCAAGCAGAAAGACCUCAUCAUACAGCAAGUUAACGCCAAGGCUAUGGAGGCGAUAGAAAUGAAUGCGUUGUUGUCGGCUCAGCUGAACACCGUAUCCCAGGGCCUGGAGGAGGCGCAGAAAAGAUACAGCGACCUGCAGAACCAACACUACAGACUUCAGACGGACCUUCGGACCGUGCAGGGGGCAAACCGGAAUGACCUCCGUGCAGAAGUUGUCUCCCGGGAAAAGGCAAGCGUUCUCGUGGAAGUAGACGGUUCCGAGCUGAUGGACCUGAGAAAGAGACUUGCAGAGAUGGAGUUCCACUACGGGACAACCCAACGAGAGCUGGCCCAGCUCACCGACAGGUUAAUGGAAGAGAAGUCCAGGCGGGAGGCUGCUGAAGAUGCCUUGAACCUGGCAGAGCAACAGAGCAAAAGACUUGAGACAAAUUCUUCAUCCAGAGACUACGAGUUCUCCCUCCAGAUGGAGUCUGAAGACGAGCGAGAAGCUUUAAUAAUUGAUCCGACUCAGAAUGUUAUGGUGCGCAAGAUGAAAGGAGGCGUCCUCUCGCUGCGGAGGUGGCUGCGUGGCAGAAGUCUCUACUGCUCCAAGCUGCUGACGUCCCGAUCGAAAUCUCGCUACCUGUUUCUGACGUAUCUUCUGGUGCUGCACGCUCUAGUCCUCAUGUGCCUGAUGGGAGUCUUAUAGCCGGGAAUCUCAACGAUACUACAGAGGCCUCUCCGGCUGCUUAAGGGUUAAUGGCGGCAAGAAACCUUCUGUUAACCCUUGGCAUCCAAUGACACUAACAAUUUAUUUUUGUAAACCACGUGUAUUAAGUUACGGAGCACGGGAGCGAGACGUCUGGUGUAUCACUACUGAGUUAUAAAGGUAUACAGGGUCUCGGAGCGUAGGAGCAAGUCAUUCUCUAUUUAAACGUGUAUAUUUAAAAUAAUUCUCGUAGGGUCUGAAAAUAUUCAGUCCUAUGAACUGUAAAUACUGGAUCCUGUAUUUAACACUCCUUCUUACCCACAGUACAUUGCUGCUUUUAUACCUUUGCACUGGGUAUGGUUGUAUGUAUAUAGAAAUCUCACUGCUGUAUGUAAGCCUUUUAGGUCUUCAGAGGCCGUGAAACGCGUUGCCUGGCCUCCUGGGCUGUCAAGAGUUAAUAUAAAGCAGGGGCAGCGGCCAAAGGGCACAUCGUCUUCUCUGGACUACAAUCCCCAUGGCGUUUGGCCAUCCAGAGGCUUUAUGGGAGCCGUAGUCCGCAGUAGACAAAGUGCUCAGCGGUUCCUUGUCUCUGACCCAAAGCUGUUCUGUAUAGCACGGUUGUUCUGUAUUAGAUGACUUUAUAUAAUAUUAUAUUUGCUAAACAAUUCCUGGUUUGGACUGUAUAGAAAAUGCUGCUUUCAGAGGUUUUAUUGAUGAUUUAUUACUUGAAUCAGAGUCGAUUCUUUUCUAUACUGAUGUAAUUUGACCGGAUAAAACGGUCUGUAUUUAAUCGGCGUUUAGACUCUUCCCGGCUUCUCGGUUGGUGUGUGGCAAAGGAAGCUUAAAAGUGCAAUAAACAUAUUAUAGAUUUGUUGGGUUUCCACCUUAAAAAUAAAACGUUAAACAGGCUACUGAUAAAA